AUGCGUCGGAGCCAGAGGGUCCAUUCGAUCGAUUGUUCUAACAGUGCAGAGAAUGAGAGUGACGUAAACCCAACUUCGUUGACCAGAUCUAGAAGACCUUCUCAUCAGAUAACUCCCUCAGUGUCUGAAAACUUUACCCUGGACCAGAAUCGUAGUGACUCCUUCUUGAUCAACAGAACCAGUGAACGAAGCGCCACUCAAGAUGUUGCACCACAAUUGGUCACCACUGUCGUCUUUCCCUCUUGCAGAAGCUUGCUAAGCUGGCUGAUUCAGAUGAUCUACUUUUUCUACACCCUGAGAUUCACGGUCUUUAAAGCUCAGCUCUGCCCCAAGUACACUGGGUGGACCCAGACAGGGAAAGCACUUAAAAUAUUGUUUCAUAAAUUGUUGGAGAAGCUGGCCAUUCUGUUCAUCUGCGUGUUUGUCUUCUGGUGCAUUACUAUUUGCUUGCCAACCAAACUGAACACAGGGCGAACAAGCAUGAGGACUUCAGGUGAGGUCAAAGCCUCUGUUUCUUCACUCAAGGACCUGAGGCUUUACCAGGAGAAGGUGAGAAAACAUACAGAAGAAAUCAAGGCCCUGCACAGUCUCAUGGAAGAACUUUCAGCCAAAGUCCAAGAAGUGAAAGUCAUGUCUAAUGAGGACUUAGUGGCACAGAGCAUAAUGAAGAAGAUACAAGGAGACUACAUUGAAAAGCCUGAUUUUGCCUUGAAAUCCAUUGGAGGGACCAUUGACUUUGACCGUACAUCCGCCACCUACAGUUAUGACAAAGCUAGAUCCUAUUGGAGCUGGUUCCGACUAUGGAAUUAUGCACACUCCCCUGAAGUCAUCCUGGAACCCAAUGUAACACCCCAAAAAUCUCAGGAAAAGCAGCUCAGGGUUGAAGUGGAAGCGGCAGCACUGGGACUGGUACGCUGGCGGGCUUGUAGUCGGGAAGCGAAUUCGCUCUGCAAAGCCUUCAACUACAUCAAACUGAAGAUACUGACCAACUGGGGAAACCCUCACUUCACCUGCCUAUACCGAGUUCGAGCUCAUGGCACAAUAAGUCGACCGGCGCAUGACCACUAG